CCACCUGGCGCACGCCGCUGAAGGUCAAGCAGACGCUGCUGCUGCCCUUCCUGCGCCCCGGGCACCCCCCCCGCCUGGUGCCUACCAUGACCAGCAAGAAGUACCCGGUGGCCUCCUUCACUGACCCCCACCUGCAGGUCCAGGACAUCACUGGUCCCUAUGCAGUGUCCGUCCCUGUGGGGGUGGCACUGAGGACGGGUGCUGCAGACUAUGGGCUGUUCCUGGAUGCGGAACUGCGGCUCGUCCGCAACGCCCACACGGCCCUGGAGCAGAUGCGGCGGCAGGCAGAGAGGGAGGAUGAGCGGGGGCCCCGCGUCAUGGUGGUUGGACCCACCGACGUGGGUAAGUCGACCGUGUGCCGCCUGCUGCUGAACUACGCCGUGCGCCUGGGGCGCCGGCCCACCUUCGUGGAGCUAGAUGUGGGCCAGGGCUCUGUCUCCAUCCCUGGCACCAUGGGCGCUCUCUACAUCGAGCGGCCGGCCGACGUGGAGGAGGGCUUCUCCCUCCAGGCCCCGCUCGUCUACCACUUCGGCUCCACCACGCCCGGCACCAACAUCAAACUCUACAACAAGAUCACAUCCCGCCUGGCCGACGUCUUCAACCAGCGCUGCGAAGUGAACCGCCGUGCCUCGGUGAGCGGCUGCGUCAUCAACACCUGUGGCUGGGUGAAGGGCUCGGGCUACCAGGCGCUGGUGCAUGCUGCCUCCGCUUUCGAGGUGGACGUGGUGGUGGUGCUGGACCAGGAGCGGCUCUACAAUGAGCUGAAGAGGGACCUGCCCCACUUUGUGCGCACCGUCCUGCUCCCCAAGUCCGGCGGGGUGGUGGAGCGCUCCAAGGACUUCCGGCGGGAGUGCCGAGAUGACCGCAUCCGGGAGUAUUUCUAUGGCUUUUGGGGCUGCUUCUACCCCCACGCUUUCGACGUCAAGUUCUCCGACGUCAAGAUCUACAAGGUGGGGGCUCCCACCAUCCCGGACUCCUGCCUGCCCCUGGGCAUGUCGCAGGAGGACAACCAGCUGAGAAAGCGGGUGCCGGGGACGCCGGGGCGGGACAUGGUGCACCACCUCCUGAGCGUCAGCACCGCUGACAGCCCCGACGACAACAUCUCGGAGACCAGCGUGGCCGGCUUCAUCGUCGUCACCGGCGUCGACCUGGAGCGCCAGGGCUUCACCGUCCUCUCCCCUGCCCCCCGGCCCCUGCCCAAGAACUUCCUCCUCAUCAUGGACAUUCGCUUCAUGGACCUGAAGUAACCCCGGGCGCCCCAGCCGCCCGCGCCCCCUCCUCACCCUCCGGCCGGAGCUCUGUGGUUUUAUACUGUUUGUAACGUUUGUCAUUAAC